AUGAAUUCGUAUCUUUUAAACAGGGCCCUCGGGUCCAUCAGUCCGUCUACCUUCCAUGUCGCCCAAACUACUCGGCUGGUACAACACCUUGAGCCAGCUCCUGGCAUCCGAUUCUCAAGUCGUAAAAAGGUCCACUCAACUGAAAGCCAACCACAAAAUACAUCGGAGGUUUUGGAUGAUGGUCAUGCUCCUGACGACCAAAUAAUUGCCCAUCCAGCGGGUGCUAACGUACUCGCAAUUGAUCAAUAUGAUGGACGAUUCAUGGUUUCUGGUGGCGCCGAUUCGUCUAUUCGUCUUUGGGAUUUGGAGACCAGAGGAGCUGAAUUAAAUCACAUUCACGAACCCCGUGCAUCUGUCAUAAGAGCCUCACAUGAGGACGCCCAUACUCAUGCCAUUACCUCUGUCUCGAUCUAUCCCUUUGACCCAAGUCCGUCCACCAUCUUGACAACGUCGCAUGAUGGCACGCUCAAGCUAUCGGCCUUGGAACCAGAUAUAACACCCGUUCAUACAUUUAGGCUCGAUUGCACACCGUACUCGCAUUCGUUUUCUUCCCAUCCUGGGUCAACCCUACUGAUCGCAGUAGGUACGUCAGAGAAAUCGGUUCGAUUGCUAGACUUACGAUCCGGUCUGUCUACACAUGGUCUUCCAGGACAUACCUCCUCGGUGCUUUCAGUAUCAUGGGCCCCACAUCAGUCUCAUAUUCUGGCUUCCGCCUCUGCAGAUAAUCGGGUGAUUCUUUUUGAUGUCCGUCGAGGCGGUCACAAUUCCGCCAUCGCUACACUGGAUAUGGAUGAUGCUGUGGGAUUGGUCCCUUCAGGUUCCGCUCCGGAAUUGUACCAGAGCCGUCCGGCAUUCUCUCGCCAAGCGCGAGCACACAAUGGCGCAGUGACAGGCGUGCGAUGGACCUCCAAUGGCACACACUUGGUAACCGCUGGUCAAGACGCGCGGCUUCGGGUAUGGGAUGCAUCCACGGGCGCAAAUACUCUGGUACACUUUGGUCCACGAGUACGGAACAGUGUAUCGUCGCACCUUGCAGAACGGGCGCCACUGAUCGUGCCUCGGGGCGCAAUGAUACCUGGUCAUGAGACACUCCUGUGGCCUAAUUUCAACGAGAGAGAUGACCGCGGGGAGAUUUUCAUGUUUGAGCUUCGCGAGGGAACCUUUGUCAAACGUCUCAGGGCACCUGGUCUCUUAAUUGGGCGACAAGAAUUCCGUGGACGAUCCAGUGCACUGACUGCUGCGCGCAUAAAUGCUUUGGCCUGGCGCGGUAACGGCGCAGCCGGGGAAGGCAUGGAGAUGUUUUCUGCCCAUGGCGAUGGAACCAUCCGCUCCUGGGUAUCUCGAGAACCAGAAGGCGAACCCGAUGAGGCAGAAGAAGCCGAACAGGCCGAUCGGAAACGCAAACGAGAUGCUUUAGAUGAGAUCUACCAAGGUUUCAUGGGAGCACGAUGA